GGGGGUGGUGUAAUGAACUGGGAGAUUGGGAUUGACAUGUAUACACUAAUAUGUAUACAAUAGAUAACUAAUAAGAACCUGCUGUAUAAAAAAAUAAAUAAAAUUCAAAAAUUCAAAAAAAAAGGUAAAAAAAAAGGAUCUUUCUAAAACUUGCAGAGAAUCUACUAAAGGGAAAAUAUGCAAGUAAUAUAGCUAGUUCAGUCUACCAGAGUUUUGUCUUAGCAAGGAGAUUCUUGUGAACUUGGGGCAGAUACGGAUGCUUUUAUUGAAAAGAUGCUGUAAGAAAUUCAUUUCUGCUGAUGAUAUUUUCACAUGGAGACAAUCUCUCAAUCCCAGACCAAUAGACCAUGCUCAGGAACAAAGAACAAAGGGAUGAGGGUGGUUGAGAAAAAGGCCUAAGGCCAGGGGUGCUGUGUUUGGCCUUGAUUCCCUGUCCUCCCAGAGGAAGGCUGGCCUGCUUGCCUGCCCAGCCCGGUGGAUCUGCUCCCCUCUGUGUCCGUCCCCUGUUGGUUUCAUGCAAUUGCUGCUGCUUCUGUGUCCCUGCUCGGCUGCUCCCCUGUUGUGUGUCCAUGUGUGGCCCCUACUUGGGGGCACAGACGCAAACCACCCGGUUACCUGCCCUCCUUCCCGGGUGCAGGUUGCUGGAGGCCCAGCUGCAGGCUCAGAGCCGUAAGCACGAGGAGGAGGUGGAGGGUCUCAAGGCCCAGGUGGAGGCCCUGAAGGAGGAGAUGGACAAGCAGCAGCAGACCUUCUGCCAGACGCUGCUGCUCUCCCCGGAGGCCCAGGUGGAGUUCGGCAUCCGGCAGGAGAUGUCCCGGCUGACCAGUGAGAACCUGGACCUUAAAGAACUGGUGGAAAAGCUGGAGAAGAAUGAGAGGAAGCUCAAAAAGCAACUGAAGAUUUACAUGAAGAAAGUCCAGGACCUGGAAGCUGCCCAGGCACUGGCCCAGAGUGAGAGGAGGCGCCACGAGCUCAACAGGCAGGUCGCCGUGCAGCGAAAAGAGAAGGACUUCCAGGGCAUGCUGGGGUACCACAAGGAGGACGAGGCCCUGCUCAUCCGGAAUCUGGUGACAGACCUGAAGCCCCCGGCGCUGGCGGGCACCGUGCCUUGCCUCCCUGCCUACAUCCUCUGCAUGUGCAUCAGGCACGCGGACUACGUGAACGACGACCUCAAGGUGCACUCCCUGCUGACCUCCACCAUCAAUGGCAUUAAGAAGGUCCUCAAGAAGCACAAUGAUGACUUUGAGAUGACAUCGUUCUGGUUGUCCAACACCUGCCGCCUCCUGCAUUGCUUGAAGCAGUACAGCGGCGAUGAGGGCUUCAUGACUCAGAAUACGGCGAAGCAGAAUGAGCACUGUCUUAAGAAUUUUGACCUCACUGAAUACCGCCAGGUGCUGAGCGACCUGUCCAUUCAGAUCUACCAGCAGCUCAUUAAAAUCUCCGAGGGCCUGUUGCAGCCGAUGAUAGUGUCUGCCAUGUUGGAGAAUGAGAGCAUUCAGGGUCUGUCUGGGGUGAAGCCCACGGGCUACCGGAAGCGCACCUCCAGCCUGGCGGAUGGAGAUAACUCCUACUGCCUGGGAGCCAUCAUCCGCCAGAUGAAUUCAUUCCACACAGUCAUGUGCGACCAGGGCCUGGACCCCGAGAUCAUCCUGCAGGUGUUCAAACAGCUCUUCUACAUGAUCACCGCGGUGACUCUCAACAACCUGCUUCUGAGGAAGGACGUCUGCUCCUGGAGCACAGGCAUGCAGCUCAGGUACAAUAUAAGUCAGCUGGAGGAGUGGCUUCGGGGAAGAAACCUGCACCAGAGGGAAGUUGCUGAGACCAUGGAACCUCUGAUCCAAGCAGCCCAGCUCCUGCAGUUAAAGAAGAAAAGCCCCGAAGAUGCAGAGGCCAUCUGCUCCCUGUGCACCGCCCUCAGCACCCAGCAGAUUGUCAAAAUUUUGAACCUUUAUACUCCCCUGAAUGAAUUUGAAGAACGGGUAACAGUGGCCUUUAUACGAACAAUCCAGGCACAACUGCAAGAGCGGAAUGACCCUCAGCACCUGCUGUUAGACUUCAAGCACAUGUUUCCCGUUUUGUUCCCAUUUAAUCCAUCUUCUCUGACCAUGGACUCAAUCCACAUUCCAGCGUGUCUCAAUCUGGAGUUCCUCAAUGAAGUCUGAAAAUGCACGUGCCAAAGCUCGAUUGCCAGUGAGAGCAAGAAGGAAGUAUACAGUACAGUAAAGUGAAUUUAAGUAUCUGUUAAAUCUAUAAAAGUAGAUCACAUCAGAGGUUGAGAACCUGUGCAGAGUGAACUAUACAGAAUAAGACACAUCUGUUAUUUUAUUUUGUACCUACUCCUCAGAAUAAAAACACUUGAAAUAUGGAA